AUGAAGCUCAGUGAGAAGGACCCACCCGCUAACAAAGAAAGCGCUUUGGAGAAAAAGAAAUUGGACUGGUCCUGCUCGCUCAUCGUGGCCUCUCUCAUGGGCGCCUUCGGCUCCUCCUUCCUGUAUGGGUACAGCCUCUCCGUGGUGAAUGCCCCCGCUCCGUACAUCAAGGCCUUUUACAAUGAGACGUGGGAAAGGAGGCACGGACACCCCAUAGACCCGGACACUCUGACUCUGCUCUGGUCGGUCACCGUGUCCAUAUUCGCCAUCGGUGGACUCGUGGGGACGUUAAUGGUGAAGCUGAUCGGAAAGUGUCUUGGGAGGAAGUGCACGUUGCUGGUCAACAACGUGUUUGCGAUUUCCGCGGCGCUGCUCAUGGCCUGUUCACUCCAGGCGGGAGCCUUCGAAAUGCUCAUCGUGGGCCGCUUCAUCAUGGGCGUGGACGGAGGCAUCGCCCUCAGCGCACUCCCCAUGUACGUGAGCGAGAUCGCGCCCAAGGAGAUCCGGGGCUCCCUGGGACAGGUGACCGCCAUCUUCAUCUGCAUCGGCGUCUUCACCGGGCAGCUGCUGGGCCUGCCCGAGCUGCUGGGCAAGGAGAGCACCUGGCCGUACCUGUUUGGGGUGAUCACCAUCCCCGCCGUGGUCCAGCUGGUGAGCCUGCCCUUCUUCCCCGAGAGCCCCCGCUACCUGCUGUUUGAGAAGCACGACCAGGCGGGAGCCGAGAAAGCCUUCCGGACAUUCCUGGGCAAGGAGGACGUGUCCCGAGAGGUGGACGAGGUCCUGGCGGAGAGCCACGUGCAGAGGAACAUCCAGCUGGUGUCCGCGCUGGAGCUGCUGAGGACUCCCUCCGUCCGCUGGCAGGUCAUCACUGUGAUCGUCACCAUGGCCUGCUACCAGCUCUGCGGUCUCAACGCGAUUUGGUUCUACACCAACAGUAUCUUUGGAAAAGCUGGGAUCCCUCCGGAAAAGAUCCCCUACAUCACCCUGAGCACCGGCGGCAUUGAGACUUUGGCUUCCAUCUUCUCCGGCUUGGUCAUCGAGCGCCUGGGGCGGAGACCCCUCCUCAUUGGCGGCUUUGGGCUGAUGACCCUCUUCUUUGGGAUCCUCACCGUCACGCUGACACUGCAGGACCAGGCCCCCUGGAUCCCUUACCUGAGCAUCGUCUGCAUCCUGGCCAUCAUUGCGUCCUUCUGCAGCGGCCCAGGCGGCAUCCCCUUCGUCCUGACCGGCGAGUUCUUCCAGCAGUCCCAGCGGCCCGCGGCCUUCAUCGUGGCGGGCACCGUCAACUGGCUCUCCAACUUCGCCGUGGGGCUCCUCUUCCCGUUCAUCCAGAAACACCUGGGCACCUACUGCUUCCUGGCCUUCGCCGCGGUCUGCUGUGCGGGGGCUCUCUACUUGUACUUCGUCCUGCCCGAGACCAAGAACAGAACCCACGCCGAAAUCAGCCAGGCCUUUGCCAAAAGGAACAAGGCCUACCCACCAGCAGAGAAAACGGACUCGGCCGUCACUGACGACAAGACCGUCGAAAGGCCUGAACCGGACGCCUCACCCACGCUGGACAAUUGCGUCAAAAAUGGCACUGUCUAACCCUGGCCGGCGUGGCUCAGUGGUUAGAGCAUUGGCCCAUGCACCGA